CGGAGACUGGGCGUGUGGGGAUGCAAUCCAUCCGGAAACAGAUUCCCCCACACCUGCUGACGCGGACUUAAGCGGACUUAAGUGGACACACACUAAUAUUUGACAUCAUGAGCUGUACUGCGAAGGAUAUAAAAUGAGUUUUCCCAUAGACCAAAACUCGUUGUUUCCAUCUUCGAAACUCCCCAACCAGACAAUAUGUCCUCCAGCAGCUACAAUUACAACAAACUCGCGGGCAAGCAUGUCCUGAUCUUCGGAGGCACCUCCGGCAUAGGCCUGGGAGUGGCCAAACUAUCACUAGCCGCAUCAGCCAGAGUCACUGUGUCUUCAUCCUCAAGCAGUCGCAUUGAAUCCACCAUCCAAGAUCUCAAGUCGGAAUUCCUAAGUGGUCACAUUCAAGGACACGUUUGCGAUCUUUCCAAAGACACUGUCGAAGAAGACCUCGAGGCGCUCUUCCAAAAGACCAACCAAGUUGACCACAUUGUCUUCACCGCCACCGAUGCGCCAGCCAUCAUGCCCGUGCAGGAAAUCACUCGGGAGAAGCUCAUCGCUGCCGGUCAAGUGCGCUUUUUCGCGGCCGUUCUCGUUGCUAAAAUUGGCUCUCGAUACCUCUCCCCGGGUCCCGAGUCAUCUAUUACCUUGACGACGGGAACCAAUUGGGAACGCCCGAUGGCCAAUUGGUCCGCGGUAGCUGGUUACUUGGGUGGUACUUGCAGUGUUGCACGUAAUCUGGCGGUUGAUUUGAAGCCGAUACGUGUGAACGCUGUGAGUCCUGGACUGGUGAAAACUCCGCUUUGGAACGAUCUGAUGAAUGAAGAGGAGCAAGAAGGUCUAUGCCAAUUUGCCGCAGCGAAGAAUCCGACGGGAAGGGUCGGUCUACCGGAAGAAGUGGCAGAGGCUUACAUAUAUCUGAUGAAGGAUGUGAACGUCACUGGACGGAUUGUGAGCUCGGAUUCGGGAGCUUUGCUUGUGUGAGUGCAUUGGUAGCAUUGUAUUAAGAAAAUUAGAGAAAGCAAUUGUUUGGACAUAGAAUUCCACGGCUUGCUUUGGAGUUUAUUGCAGACAUACUGUCUGAAGCUCCUCAUACCGAUUGGUUUAAACCAAUAGGUAGUCACGUAAUUGCUCCCGAAUACUAGUGUCUCGUCGUCUUUACCAUAAUUUCCAGUGACGUAGCACCCAGACAAACGCGAUUAUAAAUACAAACAAGCUAGGCAUUCAUCAACACGCUCAUAAAUUUCUCCUCAGCACCUGACCGGUCUCAUAAAUUGCAGACAACUAACUGAACAGCACAACUUCGACACAGGGCGCAGACACGCAAAGUCCAAGACCAAGAAAAAAAGCCAACCGUCCAAUAACCACCACCAAGCUACAACGAGCAA